AUAAACAGAAAACUUGAAGAAAAUAGGGACUGACGAGUAGUAUAAAUAACAGUAGAGAGAAACGCUUUUCUUCCAUUGCAGCUCCCAACCAAAAAUCAACAGUGAAAUCUCAAGUAAUUAAGGAAGAAUUUCAUCAGCUUCAGAUCUCGAACUUCGAUUCCGUCGAUUUAGCGGAGGCGUUCACUUUUUUUCGGUAUAUUGUUUGUGAGCAAUGGAGAAAAGCACGCCGGUGAGGAAGCCUCACACUUCGACGGCAGAUCUGCUCACGUGGUCGGAGAAUCCGCCGGAAAACUCGCCGGCGCCGCCUUCCUCCGCCCGCUCUCACCAGCCGUCGGAUGGGAUCAGGAAGGUAGUAUUUGGAGGUCAGGUUACUGAUGAAGAGGUUGAGAGCUUGAAUAAGAGGAAGCCAUGCUCUGGCUACAAGAUGAAGGAAAUGACUGGCAGUGGUAUUUUCAAAGGCAAAGGGGAAAAUGGAUUAUCGGAAGCUGAUGAAGCCGAUGAGACAUCAGCCAACAAAACUGGGCUGCGUAUGUACCAGCAAGCGUUGUCGGGAGUCAGUCACAUCUCUUUUGGUGAAGAAGAUACAGUUUCUCCCAAGAAACCGGCCACUCUGCCUGAAGUUGCUAAGCAACGAGAGCUGAGCGGAAAUCUAGAAAGUGAAUCUGAAGCAAUGUUAAAGAAGCAACUCUCAGAGGCCAAAAACAAGGAGCUCAGUGGCCACAAUAUCUUUGCUCCGCCACCUGAGAUUAAACCCCGCCCCUUGGGCGCUCGAGCUUUGGCAUUACGAGAGAGCAUAACAAUUGGAGAAACUGCUUCUGGCAAUGGUGCUGAUGGUGGUUCGAGCGAGGAGCCUCUCAAGACAGCAAAGAAGAUACCUAACCAGAAAUUCUCAGAGCUCUCGGGGAAUGACAUCUUCAAAGGGGACGGAGCAGCUGCAUCAGCCGAGAAGCCACUGAGCUCAGCAAAGUUGCGGGAGAUGAGCGGGAGCAACAUCUUCUCUGAUGGCAAAGUGGAGUCUCGCGACUAUUUUGGAGGCGUACGCAAGCCGCCGGGUGGGGAAAGCAGCAUUGCUCUGGUGUAACUUGUUAGGUCUAACCUUGAAAUGUUUUUCCUCACUUGUUAAUUUGCAUCUCGGUUAUCUUAUUUAAAUGCAGGAUUGUGCUCUGCUCAUAUGAUUUUCGACCUGUGUUGUGGGUUUUGGUUUGUCUUAGGUUUGGUUAACAUGUUUUAAACUUUUUACAGAAAAAACAUAGUUGGCUAAUUGAGUUGUGCAUGUCAAUAGGUAUUUGUGCUGUUGUUUUUCUAAAUCAUAUGUAGUCUUUGUGUGCCUAA